GCCACUGUGACGCGCGGACAAGAGCCCAGGGACAGCGGGAAGCGCGCGCCGGCACCGCGGGCUCGCGCACAGUGCGUAGCCGCCGCGGCCCAAGUGCGCCUGCGCCGCUGUGGCCCGACUCGCGCCAGCCGAAGGACCGCGCAGCGAAAGGGUGGCGGCCGCGGGGACUCCGGAAAUCUACCCUUCACCCGGAAAUGGUUGUCGAGGAACAUGGCGUUGCUGGUGCGAGUCCUUAGGAACCAGACUAGCAUCUUCCAGUGGGUUCCAGUAUGCAGCCGACUGGUACCUGUGUCUCCUAUCCAAGGACAGGAGGGCAGGACACUGUCUGGUAUUUCCCAGUGGCCUCAGAUGAGCCAGUCUCAAGCAUGUGUUGGAUCAGAACAAAUUCCUGGAAUAGACGUACAGCAGAGUCGGCGGUAUCACACCACAAACAAGCUUCCUACGGUCAAAGAUUCUCCACAGCCUGUUGAGGAGAAGGUUGGUGCCCUCACAAAGAUAAUAGAAGCCAUGGGAUUCACAGGACCUUUGAAAUACAGUAAAUGGAAGAUUAAGAUUGCGGCCCUGCGCAUGUAUACUAGCUGUGUGGAGAAAACUGACUUCGAGGAAUUCUUUCUAAGGUGUCAGAUGCCUGAUACAUUCAAUUCAUGGUUUCUUGUAACCCUACUUCAUGUCUGGAUGUGUCUGGUCCGAAUGAAGCAGGAAGGCCGGAGUGGGAAAUACAUGUGUCGUAUCAUAGUUCAUUUUAUGUGGGAGGAUGUUGAGCAGCGUGGCAGAGUCAUGGGGGUCAACUCCUAUAUUCUGAAGAAGAACAUGAUGUUCAUGACAAAUAACUUUUAUGCAGCAAUCUUGGGAUAUGAUGAGGGGAUCCUUUCAGAUGACCAUGGGCUGGCUGCUGCCCUCUGGAGAACCUUCUUCAACCAGAAAUGUGAAGACCCUCGACAGCUGGAAUUGCUGGUGGAGUAUGUGAGGAAGCAGAUGCAGUACCUGGACUCCAUGAAUGGCGAGGAUCUCCUUCUGACAGGGGAGGUUAGCUGGCGCCCUCUAGUGGAGAAGAAUCCUCAGAGCAUCCUGAAGCCCCGUUCCCCCACCUAUAACGACGAGGGUCUCUAAUGGGCUGUGCCCUCCAGAUAGCUGGCCAGCUGGCUUUGAGGAACUGCCAGGAGAGAAGUGCCUCUUUGGUCCAGGACCCUGCAGAAAGUGGCCUGAACUGUCCUUUGAACAGCAACUGUCAAAUGCCUGGCUCCAUUUGUGUUGAGUCUCCUCUUAGUGUACCCAGGAGUCUGACCUGGUGGGGUACAGUGCCCAGAGAACCCCUAUCUCUUCUGGGGUGUUCUCUCCCUCAAGAGAAGCCCUGAGUAAGUGCUCCCCAGCACACACUCCCCAAGUUCCUCCAGCAACCACAUGUGCUUUUCCCAAAGGCCGAGGAAGGGAUGGGGUAGGUGAAAAAGGGACACCCCCACCAGGAGCCCACUAAGGCCUCGGGGCAGUUUGUAAUGCUGCUGAGUGAAGACGGGUAACCAUGCUCUGUCCCCUGGCUGUGAGCCAUGGGGUUGAGUUGGCCAUUAAAAGAAACAGAGACUUAUCUCUGCCAUGGCUCUUCUUUACUCCAGAGUUUUUAAAAGCGUCUCUGAGAUGGUGGAUGCCAUAAGCUAAGGAGCGCCACCUAGCUCAGAUAGAGGCAGGGAGAGCGUAGAGGUCACGAGCUCUCUGCUGCUGCUCAGGCCUCCAGUUCAUGGAGAUGUGUCACGGUUCUGGCCAAGGCACAGCCUGCCAGGCCUAUCCUCUGGGACCCAAGAGGCCCCUGAUGGGCAAGAGACUUGUCACAUCCUAAGUCAUUUGGAAAGAGGCCUCAAGAAUAAAGGCCCCUUUGUUGCCCCAAUAAACCAGGUGAGGAUCGUGCCGUCUUUCCUCUCUUGGCCUCCCCUUAGGUGAGAUGUUGGGGAGAAUAUUCUUCCUGGCUUAAUUGUACCACCCCAUGCCCAGCUUUCUGCCCCCUUCCCAACCUCUGGAGCAGGUCUGCAGAGCACCCCGGUCUGAGCAUUGCCCAGCCCCUCCUCCUUCAGAGUGGGUCAUCUCUUGAGGGAUUUUCUUAAAUUGAGGAAAGGGGGUGGAACCAUAUUGCUCCUCCCUCCCCCCAUCCAACUUCCUUCAUUUAACUUGCUAUAAAAUGAGUCAUAUAAAGAAACUCUAUAUGGGUGAGGUAUAUCCCACUUCUAUGAAAACAUUACAAAUCAAACCGCCUUCUCUCAGUUUAUUUAAGAUGCUUUUGUUGCGAACGGAGCUCUAGAGUGAAGCCUCCUCUGUGUGUGUGAGAUAAUAACACCUUGUAACUCAUUACAGCUGGGCACUAUUUACAUAAACCAGAGCUGAGCCAGGCAGGAAUUUGCUGAUUAAUUUAUUUUUAAUGGAGUGAAGUAUACCAUGCACCAAAAUAAACUUUACUGUGUGUACCUAACUGCUCCUGGAAUGGAUGGAAAAAUUAAUGGAACAGAUUUUGGCUCCCAACUCUACACAUUAAUUCAUAUAUAAAAGUUAUUUGAGCGUUAACCCAUUUGCUGCCCAAGGCAGCUCCCUAGCCACAGAUCCCAGCCCACAGUACCAGUUCAGCUACCGGACUUACUUUCAAAUCCUGGAACCUCAGAUUGGGUAAAAACUUUAAAGGUCAUUUAGUCCAGCCCUGGUCCAGAGCUUGAUCUCCUUUCCAGCAUUGGCCUGUGUCACGCAGACCCUAAAUCAGUCCCUUCAGCCGUAGAUGGCUCCUGCCUGCAGAGCCAAGUCCUGUCUCCAUAGGAUUCGGUAAUGAUCCAAACAGGACUCGUAACCUGGAGCUACAUUGGAAAGAGUCACAUCAGGUUCUAUCAUGUCUGUGAUGUCCUGAAGCCCCUUCUGCCUGACAGCAGCUUUCACUGAUUGCAACAGUCUCCUCACCUUCAAGAUAAAAUCCAGGUUCCUUGGAGAAGCUACAAGGGUCUGAGUUUGAUCCCUGCCUCCACUCCAGCCUACUUUUAUGAGUCCAUAACCCAUUUCUUUUGAGGAAACUGAACAACUUGGAGUUACCUGAAGAGACCACACGGCAUCUCUGGUCUGCCUGGGACCCUCCUCCCUUCCUCUUCUGACUAAGGAGAUCCCAGGCUGCUUCUCUUGUCCCCCAAGCCCCACGCAUGCUGUUGGUGGUACCUCUGUGGUAUCGUGUCCUCUGCUCAGUUAGCACUUACCUUGCCACGUUCGUUGAAAGGAUUUUUUCCGUGCCCGUCUUCCACACGGUACUGUGAGCUCCUUCAGGCCAGAUACUGUGUUU